AUGUCAAAUAAUGAUAAUUUCGAAUAUAUUUUACAAAUUACUAAAUCGUUAACUAGUGAGUGUCGAGGGUCAAGACAAGAGACUGAUCGGAUAGAAACACUUAUAAAAAAAUUACCUAAAAAUGAAAUAAAAGGAAAAGAUAACAAUGAUCAAAACAAUAACAACACUAAUUCUAAAGAGUCUUGUAAUGAAGAUGAAACCGCUAUUCAAACAGAUGAUGAAAGUGAUAACAAAAAAGAUGAGAUGAUACAAGAAGAUGAGAUAGAUCGAUUAAUCAAGGAAAAUUACCGAUUGAUUUAUAAAGUUGAGAAUAUUGAGUAUAUUAAUAAAAAGAUUUGGAAAUUGAUCAGUCAUAUAAAUGAUAAUUUAGUACUUAUAAAGAAUUUUAUUAUUGAUGAAAAUUUACAACGAUCCAUUAAAAUAGAUAAUUUUAUAUUCUCCAGCAUUGAUUAUCCUAUAAAAGAAUUAAACGAAAAUAUGAUACGAUUAGAGAAUGAUAAUUUGAUUACCCAAGAUAAAAUUGAUAUAGUUGUCAACAAAUUGCAAGAAUGUAUGUCACAUAUUAAAAUAGAUAAAGUAAAUGAUACUGAAGAAUAUAUUAAUAUCCAAAACGAUUUAGAAACCUUACGAAAUAACUACGAUAUCAAUAUUUCUUGGUCAAGUUAG